GGAAUUGUAAGCACGGCUUUGAGCCAUGCCGUGCCCACCUGGUUGCCCUUCUAUUUGUGGGGUUGCGGGAUGCGUGGAGCACGUGGACUCGCCGACGUGGGAUCCAUGGCGAGGUAUCUACGUUGCCCGAUGCUUGCGGUCAACCGGGCGCAUUUCCUACCACCAGGUUUACUAUGAUCCGAAGACGCUGAUAUGGACAUGGACCAGCAGGAUUUCGAAUGCGGUGCCCAAGCUCAAGGAGAAGGUUGCAGAGCCACCGCUCCCUCCACCAGCUGUGGCACCAUCGCGACCCCCGUCUCCAGAGCCGACUUGCCGACAGUUACCGAAGGACUGUGAGCCUUCUGGGGAAGACCGUGACGCAAAAUUGUGGGCCGAGCUGGACCGUGCUGCGGAAGAGUGCCCAGGCUUUUCGUUGGCAGUUCCACCCCCGCCCCAGCCGAAGAAGAGUGACCAGGCCGAAACAGCUGUUCAUAGUGCGCCCAUCUCUGAAUCCAGGCCACGGACCAAAGUUGAAUCGGCGCCAGUCAAAUUGGAGAAGGUUUCGCCAGCAGUGAAGGGUGAGCCAGCUCAUCAGGCAAAGGGGCAGAGACUUGAGAAGACCAUGGCUGAAGUGCCUGCCAAAACAGCAGUUCAGACAGCGCCAAGCCAGGUGCCAAUCAAAUCGGCGCCAGUCAAAACUGAAAAGUGUUUGCCAGCGGAGAUUCGUACUGCAAAGGUAGAGAAGAACGAACCAGUUCAUCCUGCAGAGGGGCAGGGACUUGCACUUUGUCAUGUGAAGGCAAAGGCUGAGAAAUGCCAGACAAGCAAGCCGAAGCAGGAGGUGAAGGAAGAGAAAGAAAAUGAAGCGCGUCCAGAACUAGGUGCGAUUCCAGGAAUGGAGAAGAGGAUCCUGGACUACGCAGAAAAGGUUUCCCAAGAUGGUAUGUACCUAGAGCUUUUGGACGCGGCGAUGUUCUCCCUGCAACGCGGAAAGGUUUUGCACCUAGUGUUGCCUUACGAUGAUGGUGAGAUUGAUGUCACUCCAAUCUCUCAUUGGAUCAACGAGAUGUCUGGCGGACAGGUCCAACUGGACAUGAGCCGCUCCGCUAAGGUAUCGGACCGCUGGUACUUGUGUUGCUGCAAUAGCGAUUUCGACUUGAGUCCCAGUGCAGUUCGCAAUCACUACAUUCCGGCAUUCCACAAAACCAUGUUGUCGGACGAUGACUAUUUCCGUUUGACCACGGAGGCCUUGCUUACUACCAAGCAGGAGAUUGGACGACUGCAAGCGAAGUAUAAGCGAGCGCUGACAACGGAGAAGACCGCCUGGAUCAAGUUGAUCAUGGACUGUGAGGAGAAAGGCCUGGCCUUGAUGGCUUUGAAAGCGCCUUGUCCGACAAAGAAACGUCGGAAAGUGCUAGAGCCGGCAAUUCCUGAUGUGGAGGAGAUUUUCUCGGAGAUGCAGUUGAAAGCGCCAGACCCUCCAGCCAUUGAGGACAUUGAUUUGGAGAACUUGGACGAGGGCAACUUGUAUGCAAGCGAUGAGGAGAAUGGUCCACGCCGGCAGCGUGCUCAACAUCAGCGGACAUGCAAGACUAAGACCUUGUCGCAAUCCCAGGUUCAGAAGAAGAUGUUUGGUGACUGGCUAGCCAAGCGUGGUCUCACAUACGAGAGAUUUCGGGCCAUGCAUCAGGCCCAUUGUCUGGUGAAGUCGGCUGCUUCGUGUGUGGAGGGUGGGUUUGUGAGUUUCAAGGACAAGUUGCUGUCCAAGACUGAGAUCAAGUGCACUGCUUGCCAGACCCUUGUGGACAUGCAUGUUACAUCUGUGGAUGACUUCAUCUCACAUACAGAGACUCUUUCUGUAGUAGCUGUCGACAAGGCAGGGCAGGAGGCGCAGAAUGAGCCAAGGAACCACCCGCGCCAGACUGAAGAGGAGGAGAUUGAAGCCUGCGUGAAGUACUUGGGCCAAUUCCCAGAGAUUGAGGCGCUCACAAAAACAAUGCCCAAUGUUCCUGGUAUCAGGCUCUUUUACAGAUGCUUGAUUUGCAAGACACGGCGCCAGAAGGACGGCAAGCUCAACAAGUUGGGGAGACCCAAGUUGAAAUCCGUUCAACAUUUCCUGGAACAGCAUUUUGACAGCAACACUCACGUCAAGAAUAUGAGAGCAGCACACCAAGCUGCCGCAGAUCAAGACGGUUCCGCUGAGACUGACAGCCAAACUUGCAAGGGCUAUUGCGCGAGUGAUCCCAAAAGUACUGGAGCCUUGAAAUCAUAUCUUGAGGACUUCAAAAGAUGGACACAUUUCACGAGUCUUAGUGAAACAGCAUCGCACAAGUACUACACUGACCUCACUUCAGAUAGUUGGUACAUCAAGAGCAAGAAUUGCCUAGGCAACUUUUCAAGUCCUUCAUUGUGUUGCUCGGCAUGCAACAUACUGGGCGACGCGAGGAAAGGAGUGGUCAGGUAUGUGAGCCGCUUUUCCUUCAAGUACAAUGCUGCGACUUUGCUCAGCAAACGGAUGUUCAGCCUGGAGGACGAGGCCCAGAAGUUCUUGACAAGCCUCGCUGAGACAACCUUUGGCAGAGUUCAUGUGAAAAGGUGGAAAAGAAUAUCUGACUUGCAGACACACCAACUUCAAAAGUGUGUGCGGCAGAUGUGGCAGAAGAACCAAGUCCAAACGGAGACCCCAGCAUUUGAGGUCUUUCGCUCCUCAGUGGUGGUGCCGUGUCUGAGUGUGCAGAGCAAGUCCAUCAAUGAGAGGAUGACCACACUUUUUGCAGGUUUUGCAAACGCGUUGUCUUCAGAAGAUAUGACUGAGUUGCAGCAGGUGAACUUCCAAAUUGCGCAGGCGGCCAUUGGUGGCCAGCUCGACCGGAAUCCGCUGAUUCAAGGCAUCCUGGUUCAGUGCCUUCGGAAGUUGGAUAAGGAGGGCAGGGGUAUCAACACUCUUCGAGGGAGAAGAGGUGCCUGCACAGACACGGAGGUAACAUUGAUAGAGGACGCAGCCAUGACGCUGACCAUGGCUUCUUGCAACAGAGCUCUAGCCCAGGAGAUGGGUCAGAAUGCCACGGCCCCACGGUUGAAAGUUGAGGAGCUUCCUGAGGCACACUCGCUUCCAAAUCCAAGCUUAGCUAUCGACUUCCCCGACCAAUUCGCCAACAACUUGGAGCUGGUAGACUCACAAAUUGGGAAGCAAUCUUCAGAUCCUCGCUGCAGGCUGAUCAUGGCCAUCGACCACACAUAUCUUCUCAAGUGCUUUGUCCAGGGACGUAUCAGAGGGGAAGCCGGUAUGCUCGGAGGUCCUUGGCACUAUGAUGACUCUUCUGCUGCCUUCAUGAAGUUCAAUGAGAUGCCGGACAACGCGUUGAAGAAGGAGAAGGCCGGACUGAUGUUGGAGUGCCUGGUAUGGUCGCCCUGGGCACCAGUCAGGCAGUGCUUCUCGGUCAACAGUGUCCCCAUGACUCUGGCACGUCGAAAGAAGGAUUCGGCAGACACCCUUACCAAGCAGGGGAACUUAGAAAUGCUGCACAUUGUCUCCAGAUUGUUGGGAUCCGGUGCCCACUUGGUGAAGGGCAUCACUUUUGAUGCUCAUAUGUCGCAUGCAUACUUCAAGGAAGCCCUUUUUGGUUACUUUGAGACAGCUAAGAAGGAGGAGUUGCCAUUGUCUGAGCUACCGUUCUUUUGUGAGGUGGAGUACAUUCCCUUGCCGAGCCACGCGCUGCCAAGGUUGCCCAUGAACCUGUGCCGCUACAAAGGUGAGUUCAUUUGGCCCUUGCCUGGCAGUUGUCACGCUGCGAAAUGUGCGGCAGGGCAACUGAACUCGCCCUUGCGAUGCUUGAUGUUCGGACGCUUUGUAGCAGACAGCUCCCAUGCAAGAUCCUAUGGGCUACCUCCGGCGGCCUACGCCAGGAGCGAGCCUAUGAGUGACUGGCUCCACGCAAUGCUGUACAACCCGUACUACACUGAUAUUCUCACCGGUGAAGCAGACGUCCCUUGGCAACUGCGGGGAUUUUUGGUAUUCAACCUGACGGUAGCGUUGUGUACAGCCGUGACAAUGCACAGAACAAUGGCAGUGGUUGAGCGCUGUCAGAACGCCAUGUGUGGCUUUCUGCUCAUCGACCUUUUUGGCAUGCUGGCCAACUUGGAGUGCUCAAAGCGAUCUUUACCACGAGGAUCACUGUCAAUGGCACCGCAGACGGCUCGCAAUCUACAAUCUGUUGCCUUGAGUGUCAUCGGAGUAUGUGCUACAUUGGGCAGCCAGAGAAGCCCGUGGCAAUUGGGCCACAAUCGCAUGACGGAAUUACCGAUCGAGGAAUGGUUUGGCAGGCUCCGGACACAGAUGGCGAGUGCGCAAUUUAGCGUCAGAGCCUUUUGGCAGGCCGCAGCGCGCCAGAUGAUCAAGCAGCAGAGGUGCAAACCAGAGAAGGAGAAAAAGGUUGGCAGCAUUCCCCCUCCCUCGCCUGAGCUCUCGCCCAGUGACUUCUUCGAAGCCAGCGAGAAAGCGCUUAGUUCAGCAUACCGCUUUGUGGCUUUCUGCGCUGGAAUAACUCCGGCAUCCCUCGAAGAGGUAUACAAGCAGCAUUGCAAAGACAAUGUCCAGAGCCCCGAUGACCUGGCGGAUCACGAAUGGGAAGACGACUUUUUGGAUGAAGAGAAUGUAGAUGAGGUUGAAGCCCAGCAAGUUGUUCAGCACCUGCAGGAGGAGGCUCAGUUGACAAUGGCAUGUGCUUCUGAUGACUUUGAGCUGGAAGCUGAUCUGCAAGCAGCUGAUUUGGGGAAGAAUAUGCCAGACAUGGCUGAUUUGCGAAAUGUCAUUGAUGCCCCGCAGGAUGCUGCCGAUUGCGCUGCCCCGUUUGGCCACAGGAACGAGGGACCAAAAAGCGAACAGCCACGGACACUGCAUCAUGCGGUGUGUUUCAUGACUGGCCCUCUGACAGCAUCGGCCAUGUUCAACAGGAUCUGGAGGCUCGUCAUGUACCUUCGGUACUGGCAGGAUGGCGGUGACAGGCACUGGAUCCCGAACCCCAGGAAUAGCAGACGGACAAGCUCGAAGCUGAAUUGGUACCAGUGGAAUGAGAAGAAGAUCAAGGAAUUGUCCAUGGAAGAGGACGAUGUGAAGUACAGAAAGAGAGCCGGGCGCUUGGACAAGUGGAAGCAGCUUGCGCGAGAGGCCGCAGACCAGCGGGCCCAGAGCACUGGGCAGAAUAUUACGCUGCCUGAAAGUAUCGAGUCCGGAAACAUCGUGCUCGCGGUUGUCUCCAGAAAGUGGCGUGGUGUCAAUGUGCGAUCGGGGAUUAUCGGCAUGGUGCUGACGAUUUGGGUGGGGGCAAAGAAGCCCAGGCCAGCCACAAGGCAAAUCAGCAUCAAACAAGCCGUGGCAAUCCGCGUUGUGGAAAUGCAGCCGGCCUCGCCAGAUUUCCACGACAAGUACACAGCGUCAGACAAAUCUAUGGUCUUCAUGCUGCAGCCACAUUGCAUCGUGUCUGUUCUGGACAUUGUUGAGCACGAGAACACGUCAGAGCUGACCACAGUGACGCUCAGUCCUGAGUCCAUCUUGCUCGCAGGGCAGAUGGAUUCCAUUAGUGAGUGGUGGCCGCCUUCGGAUCCGGCAGACCCGAAGAAUGCUGCUCAGGGAGACUUGUAUCCUGCUCGAAAACGUGGCAGAAAGAAACGCCGUGCCAAUGAGAAGGAGAAGAAGACGGCGCCCAAGCCCAAGCCCAAGAAGAAGGGAUUGAAGAAGGCAAAGCAGAACAAACGCAAAGGUGCCCUAGCUCUGGAUUCAAGCUCAGAACUUCCUGCAUCGGCUUUCAAGAAAAGUCUGUCUGGCAAAGCGUGCGUGGUUGCAAUGAUGGAGAAGAUUCUUGUCGCGGACCGCCAGAAGUUUGAGCAGCGCCCGCUCUUCACGGUGGAUGGUCUUUGCCGGAUGAAGGUUGGGAAAUGCAAGAAUGUUGAGUGGUCCAAGAUCCGAGAUGAAGCCUACCAUUUCUUUCUCGCAUUGUAUUCUACCAAGGCAGGUAUCCGGUGGAGUGAAGCUGUGCAUGGACGCUUGCAGCAGACGUUGAGGUCUCUUGAGAAAGAGGUCCCCAAUCGCAAGCCGUGGCUCCGCCUCAUCAAAGAGAUUUGUGACAAGUUCUGCUGAGGGUCCCUGAUGGGGUUGGUGAAUGAGAGAUGGUGGGAGUGAUAAUAGAUCACCUUAGUGUGAUCCGUUGAGAGUUUCCCGACGGCUCCUGAUGCACGUAAUUGAGUAGAAAAUGUUACAAGAUGUUGCAUCUCUUGCAAUGUCCACUAGGUAGGGUAGGGCUGAUUUCCUCUGGCCAGUUAGCGUUUGCGUGUGGUGUUGCA